CAAAUCACCGUGGUAUACCUGUAUGACGCGACAGUAGAUACCUAUCAACCCACUGACAUUGAAUACUUUAAGUGGUUUGAAUUCCUCAAUCCGUUUAGACCCGUUUCCUACAAAUUACUAUGUGAAAUACCAUUGAGUGAUUUUAUUGACGUCCAAAACUGGUUCCGAAUGUCCAAAACAGUGUGAAAUUGGUGUAUAAUUCAUUUGGUUGCGCUAAAUUACCUAUGAAUAUUCGUUAUGGACGUUUCGGAUGGAGAUCUCUCAACUUCAGUCGUCAAUCUGAAGCACCACAAAGAAGAUAACUCACAUCGACCGUUGAGUCACUAUGACAAUAAUCAUCUAACGGAAAAGAAAAACUUGCUGUCUUCGAACAACAAUGCAAGCAUUCAACAAAUUCACCAGAUUCAUCCCGUUGACUCUACUCAGAAUUUGGCUCUGAACACUACCGUUCCACAAAAUAUCGCAGAGCAAAAUAUAGUUGGAAAACAUAUGCCAACGAGGAAUAGUCUGAAACACAGCCGAAUGGUCGUUCUCAACAAAACUUGUCAAACGGUACCUACAACUACCGUGUCGAGUAAUUUGAAAUACAAGAGUUUAGGAAAGCUACUUCUCAUUGGAAUUUCCGUACUGAGCGGAUUGCAGAUAGCUAUUUCACUUUGGUUGUUAUUAUGGUCACCAAAUCUCAGAGCAAGGGAUAAUCCAUACUGGAGUGCAAUACCGGGCAUUAUUUCCGGAUUCCUAGGAAUAACCUACCUCACCUGCUGUUUCAAAGAAUGCUCUCGAAACAGUAAACUUAUUUAUUGGCUGAAAUUCUUGAAGUAUAUUUCGAUAACCGUCAGCGUUAUAGCUGUGCUAGCUUCUUUCAUCAUAUUCUUCUUCUCUUUGAUGCACCUCAUCACUCUGGAAUCGGCAGUGUGUUCCCCUCCAGGAAAGCUAGAAACCACUUGCUUAUGCCGGUCUAACUCAACAGAGGAAAGUCUUCAGACGGACAGUUACCACUACGUAGACCUCAGCUGUUCAGAGGUGAACAACAUUUUGUGGACAUUAGUUUUAGUAACGUGUGUUACAAACGCAGUAAUUCUGCUGUUCGAAAUGGUUUAUUUGUACUUACACUGGAUAAGUAAGGACAUUCACGAGUACUCCAGAGUCCCUACGAAAAUAACUGAGCUGAAACUUUACAAAUCAAACAGGUAGCAGCUGAUCCUAAAACAAAACGUUUUUCGUUUUUUUCAAUUGAUUUUGAACUGAAUUUUUACUAUUCGGGUUGAGAGAUUCAUAAAAAACAAACCUUUCUCCGAAAAAGCAGCUCUCUAAGGUGCAAUCUAGUUGAUAUAAUUGUCUCUCCAAAGAUUAGACAAUAAAUUAUUUUGAAUACAGGGUGUUAACUAACAAAUAAUGUCACGAAUUCUAUUAUGUUGAAUGACAGUGAAAAUGUUCAUGAAUGAAGAGUGAGGAAUAUUUAAUCACAUAAUAUAGAAACCGCUCUCACCUCAGCAUUCAUUUAUUAAUUUUUCAGUUCUAUUUCAAACCCUCAAAGUUACAACUUAUGAAUGUCCAUAAAAGUUGAACACUGGUAACUUCACUUGACAGUGGAGAAACCUUAGCAGAAUAACAGACUUGAAUUUGAGAAAAUUGUGACACAUUUUUCAGUGGUAUCAACAAUAGCAAGGGUUUUAUACUCCAAUAAAUCACAGCUGAACUAGUCAUUUACUGGCACGUUUUAUUGAUAAUUAUUAUAGAAGUGUAAAUAUAUAAUUAAUAAAGAUAUAUUUUAUUUAAAAAA